CGCAGAAACUGAAUAAAUUCACAAGGAGAGUGAGCAGGAGUGGGGUGCGCGCUGAAGAAAUAUACUAAAAUCUGGAACAAAGCAAGAAAAUUAAUCUGAAUUUCAAUCAGCGCAGGAGCUUCCGAGACACAAAGGGGCGACCCCGAGAGAAAAGCGAGACGCUGUUGCUUGGAAGAUAUUUUUGUGUUUAUUUUUUUUAAACGGAGAUAAUGGCUUCUCAGAACAUGGACCCCGCUGCCAAUUCAUCCCACGCCGCCAGGAAAGGCGCCGAGACCGGGAGCAGCGCGGCGAGAGGCUCGGUGACCAAACGGCUACAGCAAGAGCUGAUGACUCUGAUGAUGUGUGGAGACAAAGGGAUAUCUGCUUUCCCAGAGUCGGACAACCUCUUCAAGUGGAUUGGGACGAUAGACGGAGCCAAAGAAACGGUGUACGAAGGCCUGCGAUACAAGCUCUCGCUAGAGUUCCCCAGCGGCUACCCCUUCAACGCCCCUACAGUGAGGUUCAUCACCCCCUGCUUUCACCCCAACGUGGACACGCAGGGCUACAUCUGCCUGGACAUCCUGAAGGACAAGUGGUCCGCGCUGUACGACGUGCGCUCCAUCCUGAUGUCCAUCCAGAGUCUCCUGGGAGAACCCAAUAACGAGAGUCCCUUGAAUGUUAAUGCUGCAGAGCUGUGGGCAGAUCAAGAAGCUUACAAGACCCAUUUGCAUGAACUGUAUGCCAUUCAAGAUAUGAAAAGCUGAAACUGUCCAGCCUGCAGUCCUUUCUUUCUCUGUCCAAGUCUUAUUUAUUCUCUCUCUCCCUCCCAUCUUCCACUCCAAUUAUGUAAAUUCCCCUCAAUGUAAAAUACAAUUUAAGUUUUUUUUUAAUACCUUGUGAAUAAAGAUGUUUCUUGUAAA